CGGGAAGUUGGUUAGUCAGAUUCUGCAGGUUUCUCACUGGUGAUGAACAACUUUCUGCAAUCAAUUAUAUUUAUUGGCGGCGAGUGUCAUGGCAGUCCAGUCCGUGAGAACGGUGACAGCCGUCAUGCUGCUGAGGCUCUUCUUAGUUUCCGGUGCUGUGGCUGAUUGUGGGACAUUUCCAGCUCUAUUCAUUGAUGCACCUCAAGAGAUAAAAGCACUGAAGGGAUCUUGUCUGCAUAUCCCAUGUAACUUCAGUGCUAAACCACAGAAGGAUUUCAACAGCGCACGUAUAACCUUCGGAGUGUGGAUGAAAGAUACCGUUGAAUUAGCUGACAAUCCAAAUGAUGUGGUUUUCAACAGUAGCAGGAAGGAUAAUAUCUAUCCAAUGACUCUAACUGGAGACCUGAGUCAGAACAACUGCACCACCUCAUUUUCCAGUUUAAUGACAUCAUACACAGGUCAAUACUUCUUCAGGAUUGAGAACAAGCCAUUUAUUGCAACAGCUUCUUGUAAUCCUCUUCAAAUCACAGUUACGGAUUCUGCUCCAAAGCCCAGGAUUGAGAUCCCAGCUGCUCUGAAGGAGAAAGAGUCUGUCUCCGUCAGCUGCUCAGCGUCCACUCCCUGUCCACACUCUCCUCCUAAACUCACCUGGAUCCUCCAGCAAGACGCUCCCGCCAUGAUGGAGGAAAACACAGAUCGGACCUUCACAACAAAGAUCCAGAAGAUCAUGGCUCUGUCAGAGGAACACGAUGGAUUCACCAUCACCUGUUCUGCCUCAUAUCCUGUGAAUGAAGGAACAGAUAAGAAGACGUCAGAGGAGACAACGACUCUCAAGGUCUCCUGUGAACGCCCCAAGGACACCUCGGCGUCCAUCAGACCAUCAGGUCCGGUGUCGGCAGGUAGCUGGGUGAACCUGACCUGCUCCAGCAGAGCCAAUCCUCCCGUCAGCCGCUUCCUCUGGUUCAAGAACAGCCUCGAUGGACCCGUCACUGUGUUUCACGGAGACUUUUACCGCUUCAAUGUCACCGAUGGAGGCGUUUAUUACUGUGUGGCCACCAAUCAGCUUGGUAAUCAAGCAUCAUCAGAGAUCCAUCUGACUAUCAAAGGUGAUCGACAGUCUGAACAGGUUGGUGCUCACGUCAUCGUGAAGAUCCUGGGAAUCGUAAUGCUCGUCAGUGCAUUGGCCGUCUUUGAGUGCUGGUUUCGAUCAAGACGCUCCACCCAACCACAGAAGCGUUGCGCAGAAGAAGCGGACUAUGUCAACAGCGCGAUUGGGUUUCAUCCAUCAUGAGCCGUAAGAGGAAGAAGAUGUUAUGAAAUGACAACUGUGUUAACUAUUCUGUAUUCUUUUGUCUCAGUGCCACUUACAACGAUGUGUGUCGAUUUUCUCUCAGUUACUCUUUUGUUAAGGAAGCAUGUUUCUAUGCAUAGGUAUUUUAUCCCUGCCUAUUUCAUAGUGCGUUUUGAAAAACUGUUCCUGUGAACCACACCUGUUCUUGGCACUUCCUGUAAUAAAAAAAAUAAGUACACAAACACACAAAUACACAAAUACAAUACGGUAUGACAUUUUUUAAAGAUGAACGGCGAUUAAUGUUGAUAUAUGUGUUUCUCUGCACUGUGCCAUCAUGACACAAUGGUAAAAAACAUCCUCUAUAAUCUUGUGUCUCAUGUUGAAGAUGUCAGAGCACCAGAUUUGAUCAUUUGUUCUUCAGAUACAAAAAACAUGCCUGGACCAUGUCAAUAAUUUGUAUUGCUUCGCUUGUGUUUCCAUCUGAUGCAUGAAAAGUGUGUUAAAUGAAAUAAAAAUGCCGCAUUUCA